CCCUGCUUUAUAAAGGCUGCGGGAAGAGCGCUGCCCGCCAGACCCGCCGCCCGGAAUCCCCUGAGCUGCCCGUCGCCACACGUGACCGCAUCCUCCCUCCAGCUCCACAGCUGAGCCCGCUCGCCAUGGCCCUCUUCGGGGCCCUCUUCCUAGCGUUGCUGGCCGGCGCCCACGCGGAGCUCCCCGGCUGCAAGAUCCGCGUCACAGCCAAGGCCCUGGAGCUAGUGAAGCAGGAGGGGCUGCGCUUUUUGGAGCAAGAGCUGGAGACCAUCACUAUCCCAGACCUGCGGGGCAAAGAGGGCAGCUUCUAUUACAACAUCUCUGAGGUGAAAGUUACCAAGCUGCAGCUGAGGCCCUCAGAGCUCCAUUUCCAGCCUGAGCAAGAGCUGAUGCUGCAAAUCACCAACGCCUCCUUGGGGCUACACUUCCGGAGACAGCUUUUCUACUGGUUCUUCUAUGAUGGGGGCUACAUCAACGCUUCGGCCGAGGGUGUGUCCAUCCGCACAGGUCUGCAGCUCUCUCAGGAUCCCACCGGCCGGAUGAAAGUGUCCAAUGUUUCAUGCCAGGCCUCUGUCUCCAGAAUGCAUGUGGCCUUCGGGGGAACCUUCAAGAAGGUGUAUGAUUUUCUGUCCACAUUCAUCAUCUCUGGGCUGCGCUUCCUACUCAACCAGCAGAUUUGUCCAGUGCUCUACCACUCAGGGAUGGUCUUGCUCAACUCCCUCCUGGACACUGUGCCCGUGCGCAGUUCUGUGGAUGACCUGGUUGGCAUCGACUACUCCCUCCUGAAGGAUCCUGUGGUCUCCAAUGACAAUCUGGACAUGGAAUUCCGGGGGGCAUUCUUCCCCCUGGCUGAGGGGAACUGGAGCUUCCUCAACCGGGCAGUGGAGCCUCAGCUGCAGGAGGAGGAGCGGAUGGUAUAUGUAGCCUUCUCGGAGUUCUUCUUCGACUCUGCCAUGGAGAGCUACUUCCGGGCAGGAGCCUUCCGGCUGUCACUGGAGAAGCUGCCAAAGGAUCUGGACGUGCUGCUGAGGGCCACCUACUUUGGAAGCAUUGUCUUCCUGACCCCCGCAGAGAUCGAUUCCCCGCUGAAGCUGGAGCUUCGAGCCACAGCCCCACCGCACUGCACUAUCAAACCCACUGGCACCACCAUCUCUGUCACUGCCAGUGUCACCAUUUCCCUGGUCCCGCCCAGCCUGCCGGAAAUCCAGCUGUCCAGCAUGAUCAUGGAAGUGCGUCUCAGUGCCAAGAUGGCGCUCCGGGGCAAAGCCCUGCGCGCGCAGCUGGAACUGCGCAGGUUCCGGAUCUACUCAAACCAGUCCGCACUGGAGUCACUGGCACUGAUCCCGCUGCAGGCCCCUCUGAAGACCCUGCUGCAGAUUGGGGUGAUGCCCCUGCUCAAUGAGCGGACCUGGCGUGGCGUGCAGAUCCCCUUACCUGAAGGUAUCAGCUUCACCCGUGAGGUGGUGACGAACCACUCGGGCUUCCUUACCGUUGGGGCUGACCUCCACUUUGCCAAGGGGCUUCGAGAGGUGAUUGAAAAGAACGGGCCUGCCAACACCAGAGACGCCCAGGCAUCCAGUGCCCCUCCGCCCUCCACGGCAGCUGCCUGAGCCCUCUACCCCCACACUGGCAGCUGCCAGUCAGUACUCCAUCCCUCCUCGGCCUUUCCCUCUGCCCCUCCACAGCCCCGUAGGGUCCCACUGGCCCCCAGUGCCACAGAGAAGACAGGGUUUGAAGUUGUUCCCAAUUUAAUUCCAUCAUCAGUUUAUCUGUCAAUUACAAUCCAUCCACCCCUCCC